AUGAAAGGCAUUAAGGCCCACAGCCCCCCAAACAAGAAGAGGGAUGGGUGCUGGAGGCUUGCGGUAGGGAUUCACCCUAAACAGGCUUCUCAGCAUAAAGAGGAACAGUGGGAGCGCUUAGUUGCAUUGCUUCAAAGCCUCUUAGUUGUAGAAUUAAGUGAAAUAGGCUUCGACUUUUCGGGAGACUCCCAGUGGUGGCCUGACAAGGAGGCGCUCUUUUUGCAACUCCUUGGUCAGGACACCCAAGGGAGAGUGCUCAUCCUGAGGGGUGAUUCCAAGAAAAAUAUGGCGUACGCUGUACACACUUUGGCCCGCCGGCUACUAGAAAGGCACUUCCCCCUCCAAAGGUUACACCUCCAUAAAUUCUUGAGUGAUUCGUUACAAGCCGGAAAAUGAGCCGCUGCUUUCCUACAUUGUUAUUUUGGCAUUGCUGGGAUGGCAGCUUAUUUCACAAUGGAUCAGAUUCAAGGCCUUAGGGCUGUUCCCGCGGAUCGGCUGAUUUUGGAGACUGAUGCUAUGCAUCUCCCUCCUCGCCCAGACAUGACGAUGACAGCAGGCGUCUACUUCAUGCUUCAGAAGGCUGUGACCAGUCCUAUCUAA